AUGAACAUCACAAGAACCACCUCUACUAACACCAAUACUACAGCAACCGCAUCAAUGGCAGUUAUUACGACUUCCCUCUUGAUAGUCAUCAUCGGAUUGGUCGGAAAUGGAUUAAUCGUGUACGCGUAUAUCCGUUUUCGCCAGCUACAAACAAUAACGAACUACUUUAUUUUCAAUCUCGCAGUGACAGAUCUGCUAUUGGUUGCGGGCCUAGCCUCAUGGGUUAUGAUAGAUCUUUAUCCAAGUGAUAGACUUCUCGAGAUCGUGGUGGUUAACAUUGAUGUGUUGUGCUGCUCGGCCUCGAUGCUUAGCCUGACUGCUGCAAGCGUUGAUAGGUACCUUGCGGUGACUCGCCCUCUUAGAUACGAACAGCUGAUCACGAGAUCACGUGCUCGAAAAGCAACUCUUUUUAUAUGGGUAUACUCCUUGAUUAUGUUCGGACUUAGUGUGGCCCGCUACCUUAUGUAUAAAAGAGUCUUUGACACAGUUUUUAUGACAACUUUGACUAUCAUGAGCUUCGGAAUCCCCGCGUUAGCGAUGAUCUUCGCCCAUCUGAGUAUCUGCAGAUGUGCUUGGAAUGCUAAGAAAAGGUCACGUGACAUCCACGGCUUGUCGCGAAGACGGAGUAAAGAUAUCGCUCACAUUUUACGGGAAGAUUUCUAA